CCUUGGUGUGCCCAAGGCCGCCUGGGCGUACUGCUACGGAUCGCGAUGUGGGCGUUAAGUAGGUGGUAGUUCGUAAGUGCUGAAAGUAUUUUCUUUUAUUCACGGAACGAAUUUGUUCCUCAGUUAUUUAAGGAAUACUGUAGUAUGUUUAUACAAGUACACCGGUGUAGAAGCAAACUAUCUGUAGCAAGAGAAGAGUUCGACGGUCAAGGUUAGAAUGCGAAGGAAAUUUAUAUUCUGCGCUGUGGCUUUUGUGAUACUGUGUGUUAUUUGGUUGCGCAUGAUGCUUGAACAGUCAAAUUUUAUUAUACCAUUAAGAGCACACAGAUUUGAUAAUUUUGACAAUGUGACAGGAACUGAGGAAAUCAUCGUGCCAAAUGUGAUACAUUUCAUUUUGUUCGGUCAGAAUUCUCUAGAAUUCGUGUCUUUUCUCAGCAUUUUGUCGGCUCUAAAGGUUCAGCAGCCAGAAGUAGUUUAUGUUCAUAGUGAUGCAGAGGAGUUUGGGGGACAUUACUGGACUGUUCUUCAAACACUGUCAUUUCCAAACACCUCUCUGGUAUUAUCAUACCGUCCGAGACCUACUCAUGUAUUUGGACAGCCGUUGAGUUCGAUAUACCAUGCAUCUGAUGUGGCAAGAAUUCAAGUGCUGAUGGAAUGUGGUGGAAUCUACAUUGAUGCAGACACAUUAGUUCUGCGCUCGUUAAACCGUUUCCGUCACUUUGAAAUGGCUGUUGGCUGGCCAUGGGGAGAAUACAUGGGUACUCAGGUUCUUGUGGCCCAUAAGGAUGCACGCUUUUUACCACUCUGGCUGAACAGCUACAGACAUUACCACCCACGAGAUUGGUACUACAAUGCUGGUCAGGAGCCAACACAACAAAUACUGGACAAGGCACCAUAUCUAGUUCACAGGGUUCCAGGCCUCUUUGGUGUGCACAACCUUGCGGCUCGUCUUUAUGGACCAAACCCAUGGCCACAAUGGCGUCUCAUGUUUACUGUUCAUCUGUUAAGCAGACAUCCUCCUGCACCUCAGCAGCUUGAUGAAAAGUCUGUUAUCCAUUACAGAGCACCAUUUGGUGACAUAGUAAGGUGGCUGUUGUAUAAGCUGGAACCCAAAGUAAAAUUCCUACAACAUGGGGACCAUUAUAUUUAUAGUAAGAAUGUAAAUACCAGCAUUUGUUAUGUAGCAAGCAGCCGUGGAGUUGGUAAGUGAUGCUAGUCAUUAGGAUUGACCAAAAGGUCAAUAACGGAAUCAGUCACAUUAAUUAGUACAGUAUGCAGGGUGUGGCUCAGUUUGGAAGUCUGGGUUCACUCUUUCCCAAGCAUGUAUUUUGUGUCUGGUUUUCUCUUUGCACAUCUGAGAAUGUACUUGAAAAUGGCCACAAGUGCUUUCUUUCACUGUGACUUUUAACACAGAGAAUGGUAGUCAUCACAGAAUUAUUCUUGGCUGAGAGUAAGUCCUUUAAAAUCCUAAGGACAACCCUUAGGUCUAAUUGUGGCCAUUUAUAAAUCAGGCUAAACAGUGUGAUAGAUUUAAUUAUGCAGAAUGAGUGUAAGAACAAUACACAUGCCACCAAUUCAACAGGGCAUGUCUGCUGCCCAAAAUUUUCAAACCCACAGGUAUGUGUGUAUAUUAAAAGGAAGCUUUUCACUCCAACCCCCUAAUGACCAAGUGAUUAGUGUACAUAAUAGAAACAAAAGUCUGAUAAUUAUCAGACUUUUGUCAGACAUCAAACAGAUAAUUAUAAUUAUCUGUUUGAUGUCAUGUACAGCUGUGGUCUAAAAUUUCUUUGGCCACAGAGCAUCCAGGAUGCUUCCAUGUCAUCAAAUCCCUCUCAUAUCCAAUUGUUAUGCAGCCACAUCUCAUGACCCAUCACAGUCCUCUUUAGAAACUCAUCACCUUCAUUAUAGUAAUGUAUUGAGAACUGUAGGCACACCCUCAUUCAUGUUAACUGUUUCUACUCUUUUGACUUUUUCGGGAAGCGGGUUACUACAAAUCCAAGAUGCUUGUGGAGGAUAUGCAAAGUUGGCUUCAGUAGACCAUCCUCCUGUGUGAUCAUUCAAAUCUUCACAUGCCUCUGUGCCAAGUACAUUGCUUAAUGUGCAUAAUGUGCUCCUCUGUUUUGCUCAUCAGUAGUUUGCCACCUUGUGGAUCAUCUCCCGGUCUCUUCGCUUGCAGAUUUCUUAUUUUUCCUUCUACCCUGAAGAUGGAGGCGAUACGUUCCUUCGAAACGUCGGUUAACACCACAUCUACAUGGUGCCACAUCCCAGAAAACUGCUUUCUUCACUGUACGUGUGGUUUGUUAUGAGCACAUUCAUUGUUGCUGAAUAAAAUGUGUGGCUGAAAAUAAUUGUUCUUAAUUUCAAGACUCUUUUGUAUUAAUUUGUAAUAAAAUUAAAAUUUAAUUUAAUGCUCA